ACAGCCACUACAGGAGUGUUGUCAGGACUGAGAGUUGUGGCGUUGUGGGGGUGGGACGCAGGCAGAGCCAGCAGACAGAGAGUGUGACCUGGUUUUCCUUUGCUUUCCAGAGCAAACAGCCAUCUGGGACGCAGUGGCCAGCUACAUCCAACAACAGCUCUUGCUACACAAGGUAGUCUUCUACUGCAAGGCUGAUCCGUUGUUGGAGAACCCUGGAUGCCCUUGAGUGGCUUCUGCCCCCAAGUCCCGCUUUUUCCAAGGAGGAAAAGGAAGGAGAGGACUCGGCAUCUCCUCCCCAAAGCUCUCCCCACUGUCCCAGCUGAUGCCUCCAAAGAGCGGGAGGUGGCAGGGUCCGAGGGGGUACGAAUUCCCACCCUCGGCUCCUUUGAUGUGGUCCCCGCACAGAAGCAGGUUGGGACAGAGAUUGUCACUAUCCAGAGGCCUGUGUUUCGCCUGUCCAGGACCCUCAGAGACAUCCACAACCUCAUGGACAACGAGGAUGACCUGUCUGACAAUAAGGUGUUGGAGCCUGUGAAAUAUGCCAAGGUGGCCAUGGAUGCCCACGUGUCCCGGUGCAAAGUGGAGGGAUGCAUCCUAGGCACCAUGUCCCUCCUGUCUCACUGCCUGGCGAAGGGGAAGAGCAUUGCACUUGUCCUGAGAGAUGUUGGGGUGCUCCUCAUUGAAGACAGGAUGGUGCAAAUGAGAUUCUACUAUGAUUUCCUGGAAGAGAUAUCUGGGAAGACAAACCUCAGAAUGGCUGCGUUCAUAUUUCCCCAGCUGCUGGACAUGGUGGUGUCCCGGAUGGUACCUGUUUCUUCCCUGACUCGCACCAGCCGUGUCAUCAUCUUUCCUGAGUUUGAACUGGAGUUUGUGCCCAAAUCUCAGUCCAGGCACCCUCUCAAGGUCUUGAGGCGUGCCCUUGGUGAGGACAUGUGGAAGAAAGAAGAGGAUUUGCCACCCAUCAGGCAACACACAAAAGCGGGACUUCCUGAAGUGCCUUUGCCUGCUGAUUCCAGCUCGGUUACUAACAAACAGGAGGAAGUCCACAAUAAGGCGGCGAUGAAUAAGAGGACGAAGCGCCAGGCUAGGCAGCUGCCAGGGAUCCCUGGGGCCGUGUCUGGAAAAAAGUUGCUGGUGAGCGGCCAAUCCAAAGGCAAACCUGCAGCCAAAGGCCAAGCAGCAAAGCCGAACCAAACACAAGCAGCAAGACUGCAGAGGCACAAGCAAAGACAAGGAGAAAAAAUAUACCCUGUUGGAAGCAAAUUCAACACUGAAACAAAUUCAUCAAUGAGCCCGGAAGCCUGGAUGCCCAAGGAGCUCACCUACAAGGUCAUGACUCCGCUGCCAACAAGAGACGAGGCAGCACAAUUACUACAAUCAAGACCUGAAAGGUUCUGGUCGGUGCUGAAAGACCCACAGUAUACAGUCUUAGCGGGAUACAACUUCACAAUUCCCCACGUGAUGCCCUAUAUGUUUUAAGGGUCUGGGCUGACACAACACCACGCGUUUGAAGACCAGACUGGUGAUCUCCAGGAUGGAGCGAUCAGGGUUUGGAGGUGCUCAGAGCACCCACCGAGGUGGCAGAAAGGUCUACAUGCGGACAAAGAGCUUCCAGAACAUGGCGGUACUGUUCGAGAAGAGCCUCUCUUCUUUUGCAGAAAUCUCUCUGUCUUCAGGACGCAGGGAGCUGUGAAAAGAGACAAACAAAACGGCAAAGCUGUGAAAUAGCACUGAGUUUUUUCAUUGUUCGCAGCAACUGUUCACCUCUGUGAUAAGAAAGGAGCAACAGACCUCAGUGCCCUUGGGGUGACCUUGCAAGCUGGAAAGCCCCUGGCUCACGGACAAGGGGGUGACGGUGCCCUGAAAAGGGCUGAGGAAAACGGUCACCUAUUAUUUUUUUUUUUACGCGUGGUCAAAGCUGCUUUUGAGCCCUUUGACCUUCGUGUCCCCAGUGAGCCCCUCACUUCCUCACCGCCACCCAGAGUCACUUGAAUUUGGGGUGCUGCGGUUAAAA